CAGGAACCGCGCUCCCGGGCCGGCUGCAGGCGAUGGAGAGGAGGGCUCGGAGCGCCUCCAGAGAGGCCCACGGGAGAGGCGGCGGGUCCCCCCACAGGGAGAACAGACGGGCGAAGACCGAGAGGGGGGGCGGAGGCCGUGGGCGCCGGGACGCGGGGCGGGAGCGGGCAGGCAGCCGGGGGGAGCCCCCAGCGCCCGCAGCCACGGUGGUGGACGUGGAUGAGGUCCGGGGCUCCGGUGAGGAGGGCACCGAGGUGGUGGCGCUGCUGGAGAGCGAGCGGCCCGAGGAAGGUACCAAGUCUUCAGGUUUAGGAGCCUGUGAGUGGCUUCUUGUCCUCACAUCCCUGCUCUUCAUCAUUGUGACCUUCCCCUUUUCUGUCUGGUUCUGCAUAAAGGUUGUACAGGAGCAUGAAAGAGUGAUAAUAUUCCGACUGGGACACCUGCUUCCUGGGAGAGCCAGAGGCCCUGGUCUUUUCUUCUUUCUGCCCUGCCUGGAUACCUACCACAAGGUUGACCUUCGUCUGCAGACCUUGGAGAUCCCCUUUCAUGAGGUUGUGACCAAAGACAUGUUUAUAAUGGAGAUAGAUGCCAUCUGCUACUACCGGAUGGAAAACGCCUCUCUUCUUUUGAGCAGUCUUGCUCACGUGUCCAAAGCCAUCCAGUUUCUUGUGCAGACCACCAUGAAGCGUCUCCUAGCACAUCGAUCCCUCACUGAGAUUCUUCUAGAGAGGAAGAGCAUUGCCCAAGAUAUAAAGGUGGCCUUGGAUUCAGUGACCUGCAUUUGGGGAAUCAAAGUGGAAAGAACAGAAAUUAAGGACGUCAGGCUGCCGGCCGGGCUGCAGCACUCUCUGGCUGUGGAAGCUGAAGCACAGAGACAGGCCAGAGCGCGGGUGAUCGCUGCGGAAGGGGAGAAGGCCGCCUCCGAGUCCCUGAGAACUGCAGCUGAGAUCCUGGCCGGCACCCCGGCCGCCGCUCAGCUGCGCUACCUCCACACGCUCCAGGCCUUGUCCACAGACAAACCUUCCACGGUGGUUUUGCCUUUGCCAUUCGACCUGCUAAACUUCUUUUCCUCUCCCAGCAAUAGAGCCCAAGGAAGCCUCCCCUUACCAAAUCCUUCCAGACCUGUUGAGCCACCAAAUCCUAAAAAGAAAGAUUCUCCCAUGUUAUAGGAAGAGCCAAGGGUAAGGUGACUGGAAGGGGCCUGACAUACAACAGCCACGUCCCUGAGUGAGGCACUCUGUCCUCACGUCCUGCCCUUCCUUUGGGGGCCAUGUGGAAUGCCCUUGGAAUGCACGCAGUCACAAUCCAGGAAUCUGCAUGAGAAGACAAUGAGAUGACGUAAUGACAGAGAAGCCAUGUAAUAGGUUUAGGUGAGUCAUUUAAUCAGAGUGAUUAUGGGAAAGAGCUGUAGACAACAUUCUACUUUGGAAAGAAUUUUGAGUCUAUAUAGGGCUAAAUUUUGACUUACGAUGUAGGUCAAAUAUCUGUUUUGCUAUAUGCCCUCUGGCCCCUUUGGCAAGGUCUUUGUUGCCCCCAAAGUCCUUUCUAUCUGCCCCUAUUAUCGUGUUCGUCACAUUUAUUGUAAUCUUGUACUUACGAUACAGGCUUCUCUCCAGCCAUACUGUGAACUCCUCAAAGGCACAUCUUGGUCAUUUUCCCCCAGACCACACUCAACCUUGUAUGUUCCACCCUGUAUUCUUCACAUCUAACCUUGAUAGUUGCACCACAGUGACAUUUAAGUGUUCCUGAGUGAAUAUAAGAAAGUAAGUUAUAUUUGGGCUGGAUAUAAAGUUUACACCCAAUUAAAAAAUUUUAAAGGAA